CGGAGAAAUACCGCCGGAACUUCUAUGUGCCUAGAGUUUCAAGUUUAAUGCCGCCUAUUUAAGUGAAAUUGGAGUGAUGUGUCGUGUUCAUCGGCUAAAAUGAACAUUAAACACAUUAAGAACAUUUUACCACCCCAGGAUGGUGCAGCUAAAAUCACUGCACUUGCUUGGUCACCAAAUAAUGUAAAAUUAGCAGUGUCAACAGCAGAACGUGUCAUUCUCCUCUUUGACGAAAAUGGAGAACGAAGGGAUAAAUUUUCUACGAAGCCAGCUGACGCAAAGUAUGGAAAGAAGAGUUACCUUGUCAAAGCCAUCGCUUUCUCCCCUGACAGCACCAAAAUUGCCAUUGGACAGACUGAUAAUAUAAUAUAUGUAUACAAAAUUGGAGAAGAAUGGGGAGAGAAAAAAGUGAUCUGCAACAAGUUUGUGCAGUCAUCAGGUCAACCGGUAACCUGAUCGAUUUGGCCGAUGGAAGGACCAAUUGUCUAUGGAUUGCUGGAGGGUAAAGUUCGAGCAGCAAACGUCAAAAACAACAAGUCUCAGACUCUCUAUCAGACAGACUCAUAUGUUGUAUCUCUGACCCCCAAUUUACGUGGAACGGCUUUCCUUGCCGGUCACGCCGAUGGUUCAAUUGUACGGUUCUAUGUGGCAGAUGACUCUUAUGCUGAGCCUCAGGGAAAGAUAAUAUCCCAUCCAGUUCCUCCAUAUGCUCUUUCAUGGACCAACAGCAACAUUGUUAUUGCUGGAUGUGAUAAACGAGUGGUGAUGUAUGCCAAAACUGGAAAAAUGCAGCAGCAGUUUGAUUACAGCCGGGAAGCAUCAGAGAGGGAAUUCACUACUGCAGCGUGCAGUCCAAGUGGCCAAGCUCUAGUUGUGGGUAGUUAUGACAGGUUACGGAUCUUUGAUUUCAAUACUUCACGUGGUUUGUGGGAAGAAAAAGGUACUCGUGAAUUUGAAGGAUUUUACACCAUAACAGCCCUUGCGUGGAAAAAAGAUGGCUCUAGGAUGGUGUGCGGCACUCUUUGCGGGGCAGUAGAGUUGUUUGAUUCUGUUCUACGGCGAUCUGUUUGGAAAAACAAGUGGGAAAUGACAUAUGUCGGUCCUUCACAAGUGCUUGUUAAACCUUUAGCUGGAUCAGGUCCCUUUGGUAGUCGUGGUGUGAUUCUUCGAUCUCAGUAUGGCUUUGAAAUCCAUGAUGUCCGUAUCAUGGGCAAAGACCGAUAUUUGGUUGCUCGAACAACUGAGACACUACUUUUGGGGGAUUUGCAUAAAAACUUGCUAAGUGAAGUCCACUGGGGAGCAGAACCAGGCACAGAGAAGUUCUACUUUGACAAUGAAAAUGUUUGCUUAAUAUUCAAUGCUGGAGAAUUGUCACUCGUUGAAUAUGGCAAUAAUGAUAUUUUGGGAUCUGUCAGAACAGAAUUCAUGAAUCCCCACCUCAUCAGUGUUCGACUCAAUGAAAGACGCCAGAGGGGAAUUGAUGACAACAAGAAGAUGGCAUAUUUACUUGACCUCAAAACUAUUUGCCUAGUUGAUUUGAUAUUUGGAGUGACUUUGGGCCAAAUAACACACGAUUCUCGAAUUGACUGGCUUGAGUUGAAUGAAACAAGCUCCCAUCUCUUGUUCAGAGAUAAACGACAACGACUGACUUUAGUUAGUGUUAACAAUCUUCAGAAGACGACAGUACUGAAUUAUUGUACGUUUGUUCAGUGGGUUCCAGGUAGCGAUGUUGUGGUUGCCCAAAGUCGUGAACAGAUGUGUGUGUGGUAUAAUAUUGACACCCCUGAGAGAGUCACAAUAUUCCAGAUUAAAGGAGAGGUUGUUGAUGUAGAAAGAGCAGAUGGAAGAACUGAGGUAGUAGUUCAAGAUGGAGUGCAGGAGCUCUCUUAUGCACUUGACGAAGGGCUUAUAGAAUUUGGGACAGCCAUUGAUGAUGGAGAUUACAUUAGGGCAAUGAGUUAUCUCGAGUCACUACCUCUAACUGCUGAAGCAGAGACAAUGUGGCGCACUUUAGCGCGCCUUACUUUGGAAGGACGCCAUCUCUACAUAGCCGAGAGAUGCUAUGCUGCUUUGGGUGAUGUUUCUAAAGUGAGAUUCCUUCAGGGAGUAAACAAAAUACGUGAACAAGUACAGGAAGCUACAGGUGAGGAUGGUAUUGAAAAUUACGAAGUUCAUGCUCGCUUGUCUAUACUAGACAAACAGUUUAAGAGAGCCGAAGGAAUAUACUUGGAUUAUAAUAACCUGGAGGCAGCAAUGGAGAUGUAUCAAUUAUUGCAUAAGUGGGAUGAAGCUGUGCAGCUUGCUGAAAUCAAGGGACACCCAGAGGUGGAGCAGUUACGAAGAGGUUACACACAGUGGUUGUUGGAUACUCACCAAGAGGAAAGGCUGGUCAACUUAAGGAGUUUGUCUGACUCCGCGGGUGGGGACCUGCAGCAGGCAUGGUGGAUGCUGAAUCUUCCUGGCACUCCUUCAAUGCGGGGAAUGCUUCAUCAUCUCGCAGCAGCCCCAGUGACCCACGGAGCUGGGUCAAGGACGACAACUGUCUUGACACCUGGGUAUGCGGCACCACCACACCUGGUGUACACUCAGCAUAUUACAUCGGUGACCCCAUCUCCUGUAGUGCAAACAUCAGUGCUGCAUACCUUGCAGGUAGAAAAUCUUCCACCUCCUCCUCCUCCAGGUUAUGCUGUCCUCGCUCCCCUGCCAAACUUCGAGUGCCCGAAGAGCUCACCACUAGAAUUCCCUCCUGUCUCCGUCACCGUACCUGUUGCCCCUGUCCCUGCCCUUGAAAGUGCUGCUGCAUCGUCAGUUCCUCCUUCCCAGGUUGCGCUUGAGCCUGCUGCAGCCCUCUCCUGGGUGGGGGAUCUUUCUGCUGUCCUGAAGAAGCUGGAGAAGAGGAAGUCUAAGAAGAAGAGGAAUGUGUCAUCGUCGUCUCACAACAACAGAAGUCUCGUUCAGGGACUUCUAAGGACCUGUCUCAUCAUUCCGAGUACUGGAUAUGUGGACCCAAGGUUUGCAGCCCCUAUCAUAGCCUCUAUUCAAGAAGCAGUGGCUCAGCAGUCUGAGGAGGCUUCACCGCAGGAAGUGCCAGAGGAAGUGCCUGCUCCGGAUAUGGAGGGAGACCCCAUGACAGUAGACGCCAUGGGCUAUGGUCCUCGGCUUCUAGAGAUUAAGCGGUAUACUGCAGCUGCACAGCUAUUCUUGGCAGGUGAUUUGGUCAAAGAGGCUAUAGAUGCUUUCAUAACAGGACAAGAAUGGAGUAAAGCCAAGAAAGUUGCAAGAGAAUUAGAACCAAGAUAUGAAUCGUACGUGGAUUCAGCAUAUAAAGAAUUCUUGAAAAAUGAAGGAAAAGCAGAGGCUCUGGCCGACGUAGAUCUCACGGGUGCUUUAGAUAUGUACGUGGAAGGUGGUCAGUGGACACGUGCCUUUGAAACAGCCGCUUCGCACGGACCAGAAUUACUCCACAAGUACUUGGCUAAGUAUGCCACGACUCUUAUUAAGGAGAAUAAGGCAACUGAAGCCCUUCAGUUAUACAAGAAAUAUGGUGCUCCAGCAUUCUCACAGAACUACAAUAUAUAUCGCCGUGUUGCUCUGGAUUUGAUGAGCAUGCAUGAAUUAUGCACGGCCCAGGCUUAUCGAACCUGGGCAGACCUACGUGAUCUUCUCUACUCUCUCGUGGAAAAUAUUAAACAACAUGAAGAUACGGAUGGUGUAUUGGAAGAGUUUGAGCAACUCCUGUUACUUGCUCAUUACUUAGCUGCUCGAUCUGCCUAUAUGACAACACCACAAAUAGAAAAACUUGCAGCAAAGUUGUCAGUAUCACUUGUGCGACACACAGAUGUUCUCCCUGCUGAUAAAGUAUUUUAUGAAGCAGGAAUGGCAUGCAAGCCAAAUGAGGUGUCAGAUUGUGUUUGUGAGGUUUAUGUAAGGGAUGUGACAUAUAGGAGUAGGAGUUUAGAGUUUUACUCUCUAGGCUUUGUGGUAGUAGAAGAACAUGUGGUCAGUGCUUUACUUGAGGUGCUGAAUCCAUUUGAUUCAUCUUUCUCUGCUCCUGUCCUCGAGUCAUUUAUUCAUUAUGGCAUGAUGCAAGAUGCUAACCCAGAAUCAGUCCCCCAUGUACAUGAUGUCCGAGCAGUAGCUACCUCAAUUCAUCACUUCCACCACAUGAACUUGAUGACCUUAGAAAGUCCUCGGCUUCUAGAGAUUAAGCGGUAUACUGCAGCUGCACAGCUAUUCUUGGCAGGUGAUUUGGUCAAAGAGGCUAUAGAUGCUUUCAUAACAGGACAAGAAUGGAGUAAAGCCAAGAAAGUUGCAAGAGAAUUAGAACCAAGAUAUGAAUCGUACGUGGAUUCAGCAUAUAAAGAAUUCUUGAAAAAUGAAGGAAAAGCCGAGGCUCUGGCCGACGUAGAUCUCACGGGUGCUUUAGAUAUGUACGUGGAAGGUGGUCAGUGGACACGUGCCUUUGAAACGGCCGCUUCGCACGGACCAGAAUUACUCCACAAAUACUUGGCUAAGUAUGCCACAACUCUUAUUAAGGAGAAUAAGGCAACUGAAGCCCUUCAGUUAUACAAGAAAUAUGGUGCUCCAGCAUUCUCACAGAACUACAAUAUAUAUCGCCGUGUUGCUCUGGAUUUGAUGAGCAUGCAUGAAUUAUGCACAGCCCAGGCUUAUCGAACCUGGGCAGACCUACGUGAUCUUCUCUACUCUCUCGUGGAAAAUAUUAAACAACAUGAAGAUACGGAUGGUGUAUUGGAUGAGUUUGAGCAACUCUUGUUACUUGCUCAUUACUUAUCUGCUCGAUCUGCCUAUAUGACAACACCACAAAUAGAAAAACUUGCAGCAAAGUUGUCAGUAUCACUUGUGCGACACACAGAUGUUCUCCCUGCUGAUAAAGUAUUUUAUGAAGCAGGAAUGGCAUGCAAGGAAAUUGGUUGGGAGAACAUGGCUUUUGUUUUCUUAAAUCGAUUUUUGGACUUGUGUGAGGCAAUUGAGGAAGGAUCUCUUGAUUCUUUAGAUCAUACAGACUUCUUGGAGACUGACAUUCCUUUCGAAAUACCUCUUCCUGAGGAUUUGAGUAUUCCAGAGGCUCUUCGAGAGGAAGCCAAAGAAUGGGUUUUGGCAGUAUCAAUGGAUCAGCGAGUGGAACAGAUAUUGCCCCUCGAUGAACGGAUGGUGUAUGAAGCAUCUCUUGUCGGUCCAGAUAAUAAUGUUUAUUCUCCCUGCGUAAUUACGGGUUAUCCAGUAAUACGCAACCGUCUCGACUUGAAACGAGGACAGGCGGCUAAUAAAGACGACUGGAAUAAACUCAUAAUGGCUACAAAAAUGUCUAAUUCCUCUGAAUGUCAGGAUGUUUUGAAGUUCAUAACAAAUUGGUGUGGUGGUUUGCCAAGCAUGGGCUACAAUUUCCAGUAAUUUGAAGCAAUAACCAAAAAUCUUCAUGUAACAAUACAGAGCAUCCCGAAUUCUAUUCUAGUCGGUACUUAUUGAUGUACUAUACUGUUUCACAAGAUUAGUUAUUAUGUUUGCUAGAGUGGAAGAAAACUAAUACUAGUCAGGAAGGUUGAGUCAGUUUUGAAUUUUGUUAGGAAGUUACAUAAACAGUAGCUGAAACAAUUUAAUUAAAAUCAUUAUAUUUAAACAAUCAUGUUUAUUCAGUCAGAACAGAUAUCGUAUAAGGCUCAAGAUUUUGAGAGUUGAAACCUCAAAAAGAAAGUUGUUGGGGUCAUGACAAACAAUCAAGACAUUGCAAACAUAGUAACAAAUAGUACAAUUAAAUGAGAUACAGUCACCUCUCAAUUAAUGCGAGGGUUACAUUCCUGGAGAAAACACAUUAAUUAGAAACAUCUUAUUUAAACAUAUUUUGCCCAUAAGAAGCAACAGUAAUGAGACGGUUUACGUUCCUGGACUUGGUGAACUCUGCACUGCAUUAUUAAUUAUUAUGAUGUUGGUCAGACAAAAAAGAAAAAACACAAUUUUUUCGCUUUAUUAAUAAAUAAAUAGUGUUUCACGUUACUAAUAAUAAAUACAGUAAACAAAGUCUUUUGCUUUAUUAAUAAAUACAUACAGUGCACUGUGCUAUGACUUUGUUUAUGUCGACGGCCAUCGUCUGCAGCGCUGAUGUGCGGGUGAUUUGAAAUCAACUCUUGGGUACCGGUUCGCGUUAAAUCAAAAUUUUCUCAUUUUUUAUACAUUUUAAGAUAUUUUCUACCUCGCCUUAAAUAAAAAACGUGUUAAUUGAGAGGUAGCUGUACAUGUAUCUGCAUUUGAUGGCAUAAAAGGAUACCCUCCCUCUCAAAAAAAAUAAAAAUAAAAAUAAAAAAAACCUUGAUCUUGUAUGUGUUCUCAAUUGCGGCAGGUCACUGCAUUCUCGAUAGUACUACUGAAAUAACUUUCUUUGUAAACUAUCAGAGUUGGUACUCAAAAAGUUUGAUAAUAAUAAUAAUAAUUAUGCAAAAUGUAGACAGUCAGUAGCAGUUCUGGCAGAUUUAAAGUUAGCUUAAUAUACAUUACUCUUAAAAAAGGAAAUAAAUGGUUGGUAAAAAUAUGUAUAGGAGUGUGUUAAGAUCAUGUACUAUUUCUCUUUUCUUUUCUUUCCUCCCAAUCUAUUUUUAGAAGUCUUCUCAACCUCCUUUUUAGGAAUUUAUUCUGUCUCUGUUUCUGUUCCGAAACUCUUUUCCAUGAACAAACAGUGCUUCUUAUUUGACAAAUACAACUCUCAGGUUGUAAAUGGCACAUUUACAGUUCUAUACAGUGAAAGUAAAUUUUGAUCAGAGAGAGAGGAGUUGUCCUUAAAAGAGUGAAAUUAGUAUACCUAUUAGGAAUAAUUAUGGAGAAAGCGGAGAAAGAGAGUGAGAGAUAAUUAUGUGCAAGAAUUCACUGACCUCCAAAUCACAACACUCCUCCACCUGUCAGAGUAAAUUGACAUAGUAUUUGACAGCUCUAGCUUCGAGUUUCUCAUCGUUAAAAUGAAAGGGGAAGGAAAGAUAUUUUCAUACGCAUCUUGUAAUCACAGUUUUAUUAUCAUCAUUUAAACUUAUAUUAAUAUUUGAAAAUAUUAAUAAACAUAUACAUAUAGGUACUACUGCCAUAAAAAUUCUCUCAUCUCAGUAGAGAGAGAGAGAGAGGAGUUGUCUUUACUUAAAAUAGUGAAAUGGAAAGGUUAUUUAAUUUCUUUAAAUACUAUCACAUACGAUUUUGUAGUUACAGGUAUGUUAGUAUUCUGUUAAAUAAAAUGGCAGAAUUAAGCAAAUUGAUUUUAUAUAUUAUUUUCUCUAUACUGUAGAAUAUCAGUUUGCUUAAUUCUGCCAUUUUAUUUAGCAGAAUAUGUCUAAAAGUGGGUCUUCUACCAAAAUAUUAUAAUUAUUAUUAUUAUCUAACUUAAUAAUAUUUCAAAAUACAGUAUUAAUAAACAUACAUACCAUAAAAAUUCUCUCAUCUCAGUAAAAGAUAGGGAAUUAUAAUUUUUAUUAUUUAAUGUUAUUUAACUUCCACAUAAAAUCUUGAAAACCUAUAAAUUACAUAAAAAAAAUUAAACAAACACUUUUGCAGGGUUUCUUGAGGAUUUGAAAAUCUUCAUGCUAGUAUUUUGAACUCACGCAACUCAAAUUGCGUAAGAUUGAGGUGUUGCUGUAUUUAGUGUAAUUUUACUUUUAAACUGGACUUGGGAAUUUGCAUGUAAGAAUAAUUAGCAUGCCUGAAUGCUCAAAUACUCUAGGAAAAUUUCCCUGAAAUUUCUUUGCUGAAAUUAGAAUGAGUCCUGCAUCCCUGUUCUCCCUAUAUGCCAUCAAAUAACUGCAUCAUAAGUAGUUUUUGCAAUCAAUUCUUUGACUUCAAAGUUCUUUUCUUUUUUUGAAGCAUAAACAGCCUAUGUUACUUAAGCACUCCAAAGGGAAGCCUCAGACUUGUGCUAAAAGGUUCUUUAGAUAGUGUAUGUAUACAUAUAUCAGGACAUCGCUAUGACUCUUAUUGAAACAUCUGAUGGAAAUACAGUAAACAUAUAGUAUUAAGUUUUUAGGGUUUGUCCUACUAGUUCCUUUUUAUCUAGUCAUUACCAUUUACCAUGUUGAUAAAAGCCAAAGAUUGUGAAACAAAGGUUUCAUUUUUUAUGAUAAUUAUUCAAGAUCACCCAUGCAGGGGAUUAGACAAAGAGAUUCCUCCCUAAAAAAUUGUAAAAGUGUAGCAUGUAUUUAUUUUUAACCACUUUCAUGUGUCAAUAUUAUAUGUCAGGAGUAUGCUGUUGGAAUAAUGGCUAAUGAAGUUAGUGGUGCUCAAAUUACUUUUAAAUUUAAAAUUACAGACAGUACCUGAGUUAAGGUGGGGAUCCAUUCCUGAUGCACAAAUUAAGUCAAAUCUUAACUUCCAAAAAUUUAUAAAAAUAAUUUUUUUUUUUAAAGUUAUGAAAGCCUUUCUUUUAAUCCUGUGGUUGGCUCUCACACUGGAAGGAUGGCGACUCUUACUUUUUUACACAAGGGAGCUCAGGAAGUAGUACCCUGCCUAAGAUUACUUUAACUUGGGAUUUUUGCCUUAAGUUGGAGAAAAAUAUUUUAUUAAUUUUUUAAGUGUCUUAAGAUUGGAUCUACUUAUGUUGAGACUGCCUUAGCUCAGGGACUGCCUACGAGCAAAAAGUAAGUUAGUUUUCUGCCAGCCUUUCUUCUGUGCCUUAAGGGGAUUUAAAUACAAAGUGAACAUUUUGUUAAGAUUAUAUUAGUAUUGUACUCUACUAACUUUAUAUGAAUAUGCUUACCUUACUGUAUCAGAGUAUGUACUAUUUUAAUAGCACAAAGUUUUUCUAGAUAUUCACAAAAAUAGUUUAGAGUACUAUUCAUUUUUGAAAGGCAUAACAACUAACUACAAUACCUUCCUUUAUGUUGGGAUAUAUAUGUACUGGUAUAAAAAAAUAUAAGCCUAUAUCUA